AAGAACAGGAUCGUGGCUGCAUUGGUGUUAUGCCACUUUACAAUCUCUUGGUUACAGUCAGAUCAAACUUAUUGAACAAGCCUCCUUCCCGCCUGUUAUAUAAAAGAAAGCAGCUUGGCAGCAGCUCCCUCCACCAUCCUUUCUCUAGACUCAAAAGCUACUGUAAUUAAACUCGGGUUUGGGUAAUAAUCGGACAUGAGACCACCAGGAAAUCCUCAAGCUGGCCAUUUAUUUUUGCAUAGUUGCCGAGAAAAGCGAACGGAUUUUUCCAUAAGAUCAUCAGCAGUCGGACUCUUAACGCUAAGGAGCUUUUGAUUGUAUUUUUGGAAUAAAAGAGAUUUCGUGCUCGAAAGAGGGCGCUACUGCUUUUUUCCUAAAGUAUUUGUACUUUUUGACUGCUCCGAAAUUAGUUUGUUGUUUGAAACUUGUUCGUUUCGGCUUGCACUAAGAGAUCGGUGUUAUUUUAACGGAACCGUAACGAUUGGGAAUCGCUUGCUCUCCGUCCUUUCUUCGUCAACAGCAGAGCCUCGGUUUGCCGGAAUUGUUAAAUUUAAUUCUCGGUCCAGCUGCUACGUCCUAAAAAUGCUCCGCCUGGGCCAAGCAACCGCUGUGCUGCGAUUACUUUCUGCGGAGAGGUGCUUGGGGACUGUAGGCAUCUCCCCGAGAAGACCCGCGUCCGGAGACAAGAAAAAAGAGAUCCUGUUACACGUGCACGGAAAGGCAGACCGCGGAAUCGCAGAAAUUCAGAUGAACAGACCACAUGCCAGAAAUGCCCUGGGGAAAGUGUUUGUAGACGAAUUAUAUGAAAUCCUUGAUGUUCUCCAUUUUGAUGAAAGUAUCCGUGCUGUAAUAGUCAAAAGCAAAGUAAAGGGUGUUUUUUGUGCUGGUGCCGACUUAAAAGAGCGAGCUCGAAUGAGUGAUGCUGAAGCUGACCAUUUUGUUCAGAGGCUCAGAAGUUUAAUGGACAACAUCGCUGCAUUACCAAUGCCGACUAUUGCUGCAAUCGAUGGUUAUGCCUUGGGUGGCGGCUUGGAAAUGGCCCUAGCUUGUGAUCUCCGAGUAGCAGCAUCGUCAGCUAAAAUGGGUUUAAUUGAAACUACCAGAGGACUUCUCCCUGGCGCAGGUGGAACCCAGCGCUUAUCACGCUACAUUGGCAUUGGCCUUGCCAAAGAGCUCAUUUUUACUGGCAGACAGAUUGAUGGGCAAGAGGCUUUCUCCAUGGGGCUACUUAACCACACAGUACCACAGAAUGAGGAAGGGGAUGCAGCAUAUCAAAAGGCAUUGGCUUUAGCUGAAGAAAUAGUUCCUCAGGCUCCAAUAGCCGUGAGACUGGGUAAAUUGGCUAUAAACAAAGGAAUUGAGGUUGAUAUUGCCUCAGGAAUGGCUAUUGAAAGAAUGUGCUAUGCCCAGAAUCUCCCUACCAGAGACCGUCAGGAAGGAAUGGCUGCUUUCAAUGAGAAGCGACUUCCAAAAUUCACUGGUAAAUGAGGCUAAAACACUGUUUCUGAAAGUGCCUGAACACAAUACAAGAUGAUCCAAAGGCUGUGCCUUAUUGGAAAGCUUUUCCUUAUAAGCUUUAUACUUUUUUUUUUGGCUUGAAAUCUACUUUGGAUGUCAAGAACUAAAUAGUAAUAAUGUAAAGGGUAUUACUGUUCAAAUAUGACAGUAAUAAAAAAAAUCAUUUUCCAACCGAAGCAUGCAUUUAUGUGUAAAUUUCUGUGCCUGAGGGGGACUAACACUGACAAUUGCUGCACAAGAAAACUUUUAUCCAACAGGAAAAGCAGCAAUUGUUAACUUGACAGCCUCUCUCUUUUUCUGUUACAUUGGUCACUUAGGAAGAUUUCAGUUGCUAAAUGAGAAACUGUAUAUCAUUCCAAAGAACUAGCAACUGCAUUUGUUAGUUUAUAAGCAACGUACAAAAAAAUAAGAUUCUUCUACAAAGAAAAGUUACAAUAAUGUAUGAAGUCACCUUUGAGUCAGGUUCAGGUUCUAGUAACUUAUAUGGUUCAACCCAGUGCAGUUUUCUUGGUACAGAUGGAAGUGGUUUGAUAUUGUUACCUUUGGAGAUUUUUUUAAUGGCUACCAAAUGUAGAAUUUCAUGUAAUUCCUUAAACAUCUGAAGAAUUUCAAUUAUUUUAUGACAAAAUAAUAUAAAAUGGUAUCAGUUUUCUUUGUGUUUCUGAAUUAUAUAAAGCUCAGAAUUAAAAGACUUAACUGAAAAUGUGUAAGUAUGCCAUUGCUUUAUUUCCUUACAACAGGAACAUUCUAUCAAUCUAUUAAUAGUGGGUAGUUCUAAUUUCUCCAGACUUGCUUGCUGACAUUUUUUUAUUGAUUUAUAUUAUAUAUUUAUAUUUUUAUUAUGAAAUCAGAGUAGGUGGCUACCUUUUAAGGUAGCAAGUAGAUACUUGAUUUGGAGUUAAACUGUGUCCUAGAGAAAUUUGUAGAUCAUACAAAGUAUUCAUGGUGGUAAAAAAAUCCAGUAUGAUCUUGAAGAAUUGCCAAAAGAUGUGGUUAAACAAUUGUCAGUCAAAUUGAAAAUGUUCAGUUUAAAUAAACGUAAAGUUAUGCAUGGUGGACAAAAAACAUGUAACUUCAAUAUAUACAGUAACCAGGAAAAAAGGUCUUGAGGUUAUAAUGGAUAUCUGAAGUUGUGAAAAAUGUGAAUUCUGUUCUAGAAAAUAUUAGGGAAGGGAUAGAAAACUGCCAACACGUGUAAUGGUCUGUACAAGGGAACUAGAAAACAUUAUUGUAUUGUAUUGUAUUGUAUUGUACUGUACUGUACUGUACACUAUAAUAUACUAUACUAUAUUAUAUUAUUAUAUUUCA